AUGAACCGAGCCUGGGCUGUGUUCAAGGCUCAUCCCUACAUCAGUAACGUUGUGGGAUACACAACUCUGUUUGCCUCUGCUGACGUGAUUCAGCAGAGCGUGCUCGGUGGGAAACAUGCAGCAGGAGCCACAUCAGAUGGUUCAGCUGGCAUUGACUGGUGUCAGACGGCUCGAGUGGCAACCGUUGGUUUCUGUUUCCAUGCCAACUUCAAUUACCACUGGCUCAGGUGGCUGGAGAGGAUGCUGCCGGGGGGCGGAGUGAAGGCGGUGACAGGGAAAGUUGUGGUGGAUCAGCUGGUCGCAGCACCUCUCACCAUCAGUGCUUUUUAUAUUGGUUUAAGUUUACUAGAAAAGAAAGAGGACCCACUUGAAGACUGGAGACAGAAAUUCUGGACAUCUUACAAGGCUGGAGUUGUAUUUUGGUCAACAAUGCAGGCAGUGAACUUUGCCCUGGUUCCCCCUGUGGCACGGACAGUGUUUCUGGGAGGCAUCGCACUGACUUUCACAGUCUUCCUGUGCCACCUCAGACAGCAGCACGGUCACAAACUUGAAUAAACCCUUGAUCCUCAGCUCCAUCAUGCAAGUCUUUUGUAAACCAGCAACAUUAGAUGAGUCUUACUUACACAGAAUUCAGUUGCAGAGUCAAUAGAUUUAAUGAGGAAACUGGGGAGGAUUCCUACUGUAAAGGUCACAUCUCUGUGAAUCAGUUGAUGAGGAUGUGUGACGGGUUUCUAUCUCAUUUCAACUUCCUGUACUGAAUGCAAAUGUAAAUUAUGAUGCAAUAGUGUCUGGGUUAAAUCCUGCUGAUACGCUUGAUAUGUUGGUGUGAUCUUUUCCUUUGAGAACGUAGAGAUCAACAGAGGUCUUACACCCAUCACACUGUUUCAGUAUCUCAUA